GAUUCAGGAUAUCAUGGUCACGCCACCGGAGCACAAGGCUGCCAAAUACUUUCGCAUUACAGUCUCUGCGACUGAGAAGGAACCUAGUGGACGUCGGUUAAGCUUACCGGACUCACUUGUUGUCAUUCCUUACAGAGGCUAUCUCGUCGCUGCUCCCGAUGGUGUCGCCGCACGGUUGAAUGAUGACGAGCUCUGGAGGCAAGCUGUACCUUUUGAACUAGACGAAGCGAUACAAGAUGGCGAUAUCACCAAGAAACGUCUGAGUCUUGCAACAACGAAGGGCAAGUCUCGAUCAGCUGACUAUCCAACCCAAAAAAUUGUCAUUCACCUUGGACAGUCGCAUAAGCUUGCUAUUCUUGGACUCACUGCCGACACGAAUGAGGUCGAAGAGGAUGUCUUCAGUUGGGCUCGGACCGCAGACGGUGAAUUGAGGCCCGCACCAAAUGGGGCAGUGGAAGAGACUGAUCUCCAAUCAAUGGUGCUGGCCUGCAAGUCCAGUGGCAGGUAUUAUGAGCUCCUUGUGCGUGAUACGUCGGCAUACGCAGCAGUUGAGAAGCAAGAUGUCUCGACUGACUGUGUGGCAGUCACUUUGACGGCGGAGGCCUUGGAAGAUGCCGUCUUGCCGACAUAUUGGAAGUCAUUUGGAAGCGAUUAGCGAUUUGAUGACACUUUAGAUGUAAGAGUAGGUGUGUAAUGUGAAGUCGAUGCUU